GUUUUAUAGGUUUGUCCACUAAAAUUCAACUUCUGACGUCACACAUCUCCUCCCGUGUUUUCGUACCAUUUGAAAUUCAUAUCGUUGCAUUUUUAAAGCUGACGUUAUAAUAGUAUUUUUUAUUCAUGUUCAUAACAUAUGCAACCGAUCGCAUAUCAAUCGAUUUCAUUUUUUUGAAUCUGCAAUACUGAUAUUAAUCGAUACUUUAACUUCUGGUAACUGGCAAUACAAAGUGUUGGGAAGUUCUGAGCGGACUUUCCAAACUCCUAAGGAAAAAAGCUUUGCGUUGUUAUUAAAAGUAUUAUUCGUAAGCGUAAUUUUCCGGUGAAGUUCUUAAGAUCCGUUGCACUUAUAAUAGAACAAAAUAUACUCGUACGUCUUGGACAUAAAAAAGAGGAAAAAUUUUAAUUCUAUCGCCAAAACAUGAAUGUGGAUGAAUCUAAACAGGAACUGUUCCACAUGGUGGUACAUAUCAAAAUAGAUUUCGAGGUAUGGCACCAUAAUAUGCUGAAGGGCCGAGACGUAAUGCGCCAAAUAAGCACAGUUCAGAUGAAAAUCUUCGAGAAUGAGGAGCGCCUUAUUAAUGGUGGCAGCGCGUUCUUUCUCCGUUUAGUCGACAGACGUUUGAGGGAUAUGUACCAACGACGCGAUAUACUAAUUGAUAUGAUGAAAGAUCUCUUCGAAGCUCUACGUCGACACAAUGCAUCUACUCAGUGCAUGCUGAGUCGUGUCCGCAUGUGGCACGAUGACGAACUGAUCCGGGACCAUUACAUUGCCUUGAACUUCAGCACCACACAAUUUCUGGAGUUUCUCGAAUUUCUGGCGUCACGCUACGAGGCCGAAUACGAGGUCAAGGAGGUGGUUGUGCUCAACUUGCAUCGCAUGCGUAAUGCCCAUGAUGUGGACAUAUUGGAGAGCUGCUGGCGCGAUUGUAUUCAUGCUGGCGGUGAAGAAUUUCAAGGGAGGUUUCAGGAAUUCUUUUUGGCCACCACGCGUCGCAAUAUGAUGCGCAAUAAGGAGCAGCCGAUCAACUCUCGCUUGCGCUCAUCUACUUCCUGUAACUAAUCCUAGAAGGCCUUAGGAAUAGUGGUCGUAGCUCUACAGAUCUCCUUAAAACGAAUGUGAAUCCUUAAAGGCUGCAAAUCGCAUGCAAUAUGCAUGCUAAUUAUAUUUUUGUUUUAAAUAAAAAAUAAGUUUUGUUU